AUGAGUAAGAAGCCACACGAACAAGCUUCCAAGAGAUCAUUUGCAACCGCUGCUGGAAAAAAGAUUUGCCGAUCUUGUGAGGAUGAAAAUCGGACAAUUUCACCGGCGAAACCGUUGAAAGUCGCCUCGCAACGCGUCACAUCGAUCUCUUUGAAAGACUUUCAGCGAGUAAGAACAAUUGGGACAGGCUCUUUUGGCAGGGUUUUUCUUGUCAUCCAUUUGGAGACGAAAAAGCCAUAUGCAUUGAAAGUGCUUAACAAGCGUCGAAUUCUCGAGACACGCCAAUUGCCACACACAAUCAACGAGCAGAAGAUCUUGUCAUCGUUGCAGCACCCAUUUAUGGUAUAUUUGGUCGCUUCGUUCCAAGAUCCAGCGAAUCUCUAUCUGCUAAUGGACUAUGUCCCCGGUGGUGAGCUCUUCAGCAUUCUGCGUCGGCUGGUGCGGUUCUCAAAUGAGAGCUGCAGGUUCUAUGUGGCGGAGUUAAUUUUAGUUCUUGAAUAUUUACAUCGGAAUUCUAUUAUUUACCGCGAUUUGAAGCCAGAAAAUGUUUUGCUAGACGACAAGGGGCAUGUUGUGUUGACAGACUUUGGCUUUGCAAAGAUGGUGCCUGCAGGGUUGACGCGGACGCUUUGCGGCACGCCAGAGUAUUUGGCGCCAGAGAUUAUCCUGGGCCGAGAGUAUGGCAUUGGUGUUGAUUGGUAUGCACUCGGCGUCCUCAUAUAUGAAAUGCUGGUGGGCAUGCCGCCAUUUACACCGCGCUCCAAUACGAACCUUUACGAGGUGGUGCUUGAGGCCUCAUGGAAGUUCCCUGCAUAUCUUGAUCCGCUUGCCGUCGAUUUGAUCCUGCGGCUGUGCACUCCAGAUCCGACGGUCAGGCUUGGUGUGUUGCUAAAUGGCGCCCACGAUAUUAUGAAUCACCCGUGGUUCGACGACAUCCAAUGGGAGCAGCUUCUGAAGAAGAAUAUUGAGCCGCCGAUUGUGCCAACGUUGACGUCGCCCACGGACGCCCAGUAUUUCGAAACAUAUAGCGAAGACGAGUCGCUGUUCUACCCCCCCUCCUAUGUGGAGCAAGUCUAUAUUGACGAGUGGGACUACAUGCCCAAAUAG